CUGGAGUGAUGAUUAUUAUUUAUUUUGUUUUUGUAUGUAAUUUUGUGUUCCUUCAUUUAUCACCACCUAUGCAAAAUUAAAAUUAUUGUUAAAUUGUUUUACUGCACUAGUUUAGCAUAAGAAUGGUAUGAGGACAUACCCACGUGAUGAAUGGCCGAGCUGGAUUUGGGGAUGGGGACAUCCCCGCGGCAGAAUGGCCGUCUGUUAGCAAUCAGGCUUCCAUUUUAUUAAUAACAUUUGAAAUUACCUACAUUGUAUAGUCGUUCAACGAAUAUUUUGCCUUAGACAGUCCUGUUUUGAAAGCAGGCGCCAAUCUGUCGCCGGCGGCCAUCGGAGCGUGACGCGUGCGGCGCUUGUUUUAUCAAUCUUGUAAAUUUCUGUACGAAGAGAAAUAUAGUAUUGAUUGGAUCCUGUGGGUGUUAUUUCCGGAGUUGACCUGAAUUUCUAAUAAGUCAGAAGUGGUAAGAACGUUGGAGAAAACCAAGUGCUCCACUGCAACAGACCGACUUUAUUGAAAUUAUGUCUUCGUCGGAGAUCUCUCGUUAUACACCACCUUUAGAUAAUCGGAAAAAUACGAGGCCGUCCCGCUGUAGGGAUCGUCGUGAUCGCCCUCUGCGGAGGCUACGGCCUGAAGUUUCUCCGAAAAAUAGGGACCGACGAAAACGUGAAACAUACCGCAGUAGAUCGCGUCGUCGGCGACCCUCCACUGAGAGCUCCGAUAGUAGUUCCUCUCAAUCUAGCCCUCGAAGGCGGCGGAGACGGACACCUUCGACUGAUCGUCGACGAUAUUCUACUAGUACGACUACGGGUUCAGUGGAAAGUACUGACUAUUCUAGCCACGAUUCACGCGUUCAACUCGGAAAAAGAAAACGUCAGCGAUCCAGUACUUCCACAUCGGGAAGUCUAUCGUCUGGAUUGAAUUCGGAAAGACCAUCACGUCAAAGGUACCGUUUGAGAAAAUCUCAGAAGAGACGGCGUUACUCAAGAUCUCAAACGUCUAGAGACUAUGGGGUACUCAAGAAAUUUGCUCGUUUGUUCGGUAAGGCUGAUCAGCACUUCGAAGGGGCACAACAUGUAAUCCCUGAAUUUAACCCGGAUGCAAACGACCAGUCAGCCGUUAACUGGGUACGUAAAGUAAACGAAACUGCCAGAAUUUAUAAAUGGAGUGACAAACAAAUAAUUUUCUAUGCAAUUCCAAAAUUAGCUGGCCACGCUAAGAAAUGGUACCAAGGUUUGAGUACUAUUAACUUAAGUUGGCGAGAAUGGCAAAAGAAAAUUGUUAAAGCUUUCCCCGACGAUCGCAAUUAUGCUGAUCGACUUUCGGAAAUGUUGGAAAGGAGAAGUAGAAGGGAGGAAUCACUAGAAGACUAUUACCAUGACAAGGCAAGAUUGGUGAAAAUGUGUGGUAUAGAAGGACGUAAUGCAGUUGAUUGUAUAAUUAACGGCAUAUUUGAUUUUAACAUACGUCUCAAUGCCCAAGGCUCAAGUUUUAAAAGACCUUCUCAACUACUGAAAUAUCUCCGCCGAAUUUCUAAGAAAAACAACGUACUCCGCAAAGCUAAUCAAUUAAAUAGGUAUGAACAAAAUACGAAGGCUGGAGAAAAACUAUUGAAUGCGGGAAGUCAGAAAGCAACUACUGUUACCAAUCGCGAAGGUUUUAGGCAAAUUCAAUGCUUCAACUGUCUCGAAGUAGGUCACACCUCGCGCACGUGUACAAAACCUAGAAAACGGUGUGAUAAGUGCUCUCGUUUUGGACAUGACAGCCUUAAAUGUGAAUUAAUUAAUAAUAUCCGGGAUAGAACCAAUAUUAAUAUCAAAGACAGUUCAGACAGUAAAGUGGAGCCCGUGAAGAAAGUUUUAAAAAUUACACCUGGAGACUCGACAAAUGGCAAGUAUUUUAAAUCUGUAACAUUAAAUAAUAUAAAGCGGUCGGCAUACAUUGACUUUGGAAGUCAAUGUACAUUAGUACGUAAGAGCGUAGCAGAGGAAUCUUAUUUACCACUAAUUAAAUCAGGGUUACCCGUUAUUAAAGGAUUUGCUUCAGGAAGUGUGGUGCCCCUUGGCAAAAGCACUGUUAAUAUCGUAGUUGAUGCUGUAGAAGCAGAUGUCGAAAUCUACGUGGUCGAAGAUGAUUUAUUAGAUACUGAUGUUUUAAUCGGACAAUCUUUGACUGAAUUACCAACAGUUGUAGCUUACAAAACUAAUUCUACCUUAAACUUAUACUGUGAUGAUUCAGAGGCAGAAAGAAUAAGUAUUUACUGCUGUCAGGGAGUAACAUUGCAAGUAGGGAUGAACACUGUAAGUAUACGAACCGAUGAAGAAUAUACAGGAUCAUUAUUCGUACCAGGAAGUAUCUGUAUGAAGCCCGAUAAUCAGUAUGUUCUAUUGCAAGGGGUGUACCAACUUCAUAAUAGUAGGGGUCAACUUGUAAUUAUAAACUCUUCAAAAAAUCCUCUUUGUUUCAAAAAUAGUAAGUUACUGGCUCGAGCUAUAAAAUUUCCACAGAAUCGCGUACUUUCUUCAGGUGCACUAUCAUUUGACGUCAACAAAGUAAACUUAGAUAAUGAACCAGUUACAUCGCAACCUAAAACCAAAUGUCCAAUUACGUUAGACAUGAUAAACAUCGGACCAGGAAUCAGUGAAUCUGAAAAAGAUCGUCUGGUUCAAUUGUUGAAUAACUUUAGAGAUUGCUUCGCAUUGACUCCAUGCGAGCUUGGUCUUACCAACAUAACCGAGAUGACUAUUAGGUUAAACGACUCUGCACCUGUCACUUAUAAGCCAUAUCGAUUACCGUUUAGCGAACGGGCUAAAGUAAGGGAAAUAGUAGGUGACCUGUUGUCGAAUGGGGUUAUAAGAGAAUCUCAGUCAGCGUACUCUAGCCCAAUUGUCCUAGUGAAGAAGAAAAAUGGUGAAUCUCGCCUGUGCGUCGAUUACAGGGCACUGAACAAAAAGACUAUUAAAGAUAGCUACCCCAUGCCAGUCAUUGAUGAUCAAUUGGACCGAUUAAGUGGAAAAUCACUAUUCACUAGUCUAGAUCUUGCAUCAGGCUAUCAUCAAAUCCCUGUGGCUGAAGACUCACGUCACAUAACAGGUUUCGUAACUCCCGAUGGGCAUUACGAGUAUACUCGAAUGCCCUUUGGCCUCGUGAAUGCACCGGCUGUAUUUCAAAGCAUGAUUAAUAAAGCCCUUGGUGCAAAACGCUUUGAUUUAGCCAUACCUUAUCUUGAUGAUCUUUUAUGCACAGCCAGUACUACAGAUGAAAUGUUUGAUAAGCUUGAAUCCAUUUUUCAACUACUAAAAGACGCUAACCUUACGCUAAACCUAAAAAAAUGCUUCUUUUUCCAAUCUAAGCUUGAUUACUUAGGAUUUGAAAUAUCAGAAGAAGGCCUUAAGCCCGGUAGUACAAAGAUACAGGCUGUUCAAGAGUUUCCCCGUCCAAGCAAUGUACACCAGGUAAGACAAUUUGUCGGACUGGCAAGUUUUUUCCGACGAUUUGUUUAUAAUUUUGCUUGCAUUGCUAAGCCCCUAACGAAACUGACUAAGGCAGAUGUGCCGUGGGUAUGGGGUGAGGAACAAGAGGCAGCAUUUCUCGAUAUUAAGUCAAAGCUCAUUACAAGACCAGUGCUAGCAUUAUACAAUGCUGAGUUUAUUACAGAGGUGCAUUGUGACGCUAGUAAGGUGGGCGUAGGCGGAAUACUUUUACAGAAACCUAACGAAGAGUCACCACUGCGGCCAGUCGCGUACUUCAGUCGGCAGACCACCAAAGAAGAAGAGUUCUGGCACUCUUAUGAAUUAGAGACCAUGGCCGUUGUGAUGUCGCUGAGAAGGUUUCGUGUUUAUUUGAUUGGCAUCGAAUUUAAAGUCAUUACUGACUGCAACGCCUUACGCUCCACGUUGACGAAACGUGAUUUGUUGCCAAAGGUUGCUAGAUGGUGGCUUAUUCUCCAAGAAUAUAAUUUCUCCAUUGAGUACAGACCAGGUCACAGUAUGCAGCAUGUGGAUGCGCUAAGUCGGAAUCCGGCUCCUAUCUUGGAACAAGAAGAAAUUGAAAUUUUGAAUAUUACCACAAAAGAUUGGCUUCAAACCGUUCAGAUGUCAGACUCAAAUUUAAAAAAUAUUAAGAANCGCGAUAACUAUGAUUGA